CAGAAGUCCAGAACCAGAACCGCUAGCUCCUCCGACGUACCCUUCCGCAGCUCCGUCCCAGCGCGAAACGCCGAAACCCUACCUUCGGCUUCUCCGCUCCGCCUCCGCCUCCGCCUCCGCCCUCGCCCCCGCCCCCGCCCCCGCCCCUCCGCGAACCAGGCGAGAUGUCGUCGGGCGGCGGUGGGGGGCAGCAGUUCCGCUACGCGCAGACGCCGUCCAAGGUGCUGCACCUGCGGAACCUUCCGUGGGAGUGCGCGGAAGAGGAGCUCGUCGAGCUCUGCAAGCCCUUUGGCCGUAUCGUCAACACCAAGAGCGGCGUCGGCGUCAACCGCAACCAGGCCUUCGUCGAGUUCACUGACGUUAAUCAGGCAAUCGCGAUGGUUUCUUACUUUGCAUCAUCUUCAGAACCAGCACAAAUCCGAGGCAAGCCUGUUUACAUUCAGUAUUCAAAUAGGCAAGAAAUAGUUAACAACAAGAGUCCUGGAGAGACAGCUGGAAAUGUCUUGCUUGUUACUAUGGAGGGUGUUCAAGCUAGUGAUGUCACCAUUGAUGUGAUCCAUAUGGUUUUCUCGGCUUUUGGGUAUGUUCAUAAAAUAGCCACCUUUGAAAAGGCUGCAGGUUUUCAGGCAUUGAUCCAGUACACUGAUGCAGCCACUGCUUCAGCUGCUAGAGACGCCUUAGAUGGAAGGAGCAUCCCAAGUUACUUGCUUCCGGAGCAUGUGACAUCCUGCUGCCUGCGAAUUUCCUUUUCUGCACAUCAGGAUUUGAACAUCAAGUUUCAGUCAAACCGCAGCAGGGAUUAUAAUAAUCCGUAUCUUCCAAUUAAUUAUUCAGCCAUGGAUGGUACAUUACAGCCUGUUGUUGGAGCUGAUGGAAGGAAAGUGGAGGCUCAAGGCAAUGUUCUUCUUGCAUCAAUCGAGAAUAUGCAGUAUGCUGUUACUGUAGACGUUCUUCAUACUGUGUUCUCAUCAUUUGGUACAGUCCAGAAAAUUGCUAUUUUUGAGAAGAAUGGGGGAACACAAGCUUUGAUUCAGUACCCUGAUGUAAAUACAGCUGCUGUAGCGAAGGAAGCAUUGGAAGGGCAUUGCAUCUACGAUGGUGGCUACUGUAAGCUUCACCUGUCAUACUCUCGUCAUACUGAUCUGAAUGUGAAGGCACAUGGUGACAAGAGCAGAGAUUAUACAAUUCCAGCUGGCGUAACCCAAGGAGUGCCACAACCACCUGGUGUACAAGCUACAUCCUUUGGGUGGCAAGGUAACCUUCAAGCUGCUGGGGCAUAUGCCCCACCCGGUGCCCCUGCUCAAAGCCACAAUGCCAAUGGACAAAUGCCGAACUGGAAUCCCGGCAACUCAGUGUAUCCCCCAGGCCCAGGAACAUAUCCAGGCCAGAUGUACUCAUCUUCGUCGCAGUAUGCAACGUCAGGGGGCUUCCCUAAUACCCCAUCAACCACUCCGCCACAGUAUGCAGCGUCAGGGGGCUUCCCUAGUACCCCAUCCACUGCUCCGCCACAGUAUGCAGCAUCAGGGGGCUUCCCUAACACCCCAACUGGUGCCCCGCCUGGCAUUCUGCCACAACAGUUGCACACUUCGCAGCAGAUGCCGCCUCAGCAUGAAAAUCAGUCACGAGGCACACCUGGAACUAGCCAACCGCCGCCAUCAGCAUCAUACUACCGUUAGGUUGAAUCUUCUUUUGCUAUUGUACUUGGCCUGUUUAUGUUUCACUGAGUUUGUUAUUUAUCAUGUAAUACUGCAAUACCGCCGUCCAUAACUGUGUUUAGAUGGCAGCGAUAGCAGAUGAAUAUAUUAUGUUUGGAGUUUUCAUUCCUCGAAAAAAAAAUCGGCCAUUGUUUGGUUCCUGACAGUUACUGGCAGGCUUAGGAAUCAUGAUGAUUGGUAGAUUGGUGGUUGUGUUCUGAACAGCCGACCUUACCUCUUGGCUAACAAUGGUUUCUCCACUUGUACACAGUACACCUAUAAUCCAAUUCUUUAGUUUUUUA